UGGCAACGCCACGAAAGUCGAGUUGGCAUUUGGGAGAUUUUAGCUGCGUUCGGACCGAGAAAAAUUUCAUAGUUAAUUGUUUAAAAACCAAGACGUCGGCUUUAGCAACCAGCAAACAAGUAAAUGUAUUGUUUAGUCAACUGCCAAAAAACAGAACUACGUGCGUGUAAAUAAAGCAAGCGAUUUGUCUCCAACAUGUUGCACAACAACGCGCCCUGGCUGCCACCGCAUCAGCAGCAGCAGCAGCAACAGGCGCCGCAGCAACAUCCUACACCCCAGCAGCAACAUGCAACUCCUCAACAGCAACAGCAGCAGCAACAGCAGCUCUACGCCAGCCAAAUGUUUCAGCAACAGCAGCCAAAUUACUGGCCGGAGGACCAGCAACAGCAGCAACCAUCGCUGAACUACAAUAACUACUUUGCGGGACAGCAGCAGCAACAACCCGUGCAGCAGCCGCAGCAGCAACUGCCACCGCAGCAGCAGCAGCCUACGCAGCAGCAACAUCAUAGCAUGCAGCAGCAACUGUAUUAUCCCACUCACCAGCAGCCACAAGUCCCGGCGCCAGCGGAAACCGCUCUGGACUCGUUUGACAACAAUAAUAGCGGCGGCGGGCGCAGCGAUGGCUGGGGUGACUGGGGCGAUUGGAACGACAAUAGCAACAACAACAGCGUCAGCAACAUGAGCAAAAGCAACGAGGCCCUGUUGGAGCCAACGGGACAACUGCUGGAGGAUUCCUUCAACGUGCAAUCCUCGGCGGGCAGUUGGCAAGCCUUCGCCACCACCAAUAAUGUGAAUAACAAUGUGGAGCCGCUGCCGCCAACGGAACAGCAGCCGCCUUUGUCGCACCACCAAUCGCAGCAGCCGCAACCGCCGCCGGAACUUGGCCAGGAACCCGAACUGGACGCCAUUGUGCCUCCGCAGGCAUUCCAAAACCAGCCAGCUCCGGUGGCACCACCACCAACAUCACUGGCAUCGUUCAACGCACCACUUCCCGCGGUGGGAUCGCCUCUAUAUGCUGUUGGAGCCCCACCAACACAUCUCCCAGGGGUCGGAGCUCCUCUAGCACCUCUCGCCGGAGUGGGAACACCACCUGCUCCCCUCGCCGGAGUGGGAACACCGCCAACACCACUGGUUUCAGUGGGACAACCACCAGCAGCACCACCUGCUGGUAUUGCACCACCUGCUGGCAUUGCACCACCUGCCGCAUUGCCGCCCAGUUUGACACCAGCGGCUGGCAAUCCCUUCAAGCGAUCCACGGGUCUGAGCAAGCGGGUCAACAUAAUGGCCAAUCCGGCGGGAGAAGCUCCUUCGCCGCCAGCACCCGCUGCAGUGGCUCCUUUGGCCCCGAUAGCUCCGCCACCGGAGCAGCUGUUUGGCUUGCCAGCAGAAGCACAAGGGGAGGGUUUCAGUUUACUGGCCGCACCACCCGUGGAAGCUUCGAUUGGAGCUCCUCUAGGUGUACCAAUUCCUGCAUCUAUUGCUGCACCAACCGCAUCACUUUACGCACCACCACCACCGCUGCUGCAGCACGUGGAGCCGGACAACCAGGAAGUGCUCUCCGCACCGAACGACGAGCGAGCGCAGUACUUGCAGACGAGCCACCUCUCCGAGCAGCUGGGCGAAGGCGAGGCGGACCAGGAUGCGGGUCUGCUGCCACCGCCGGGAUUGUCGCGUCUGGUUUUGGGCCAGCCGGAGUUGGAUUCGCAGCAGCAGCGCUUGGUCACUGGAGCCACGGAGCAACCGCCACUGAAUGCCGCACAGGCGGCUGCUCUGCACAUGCAGGAGCGUCAGGCGGAUGGCGAGGACACCUCCGAUGGCGAGCAGCAAGUGCGCAACAUCCAGACGCCACCGCGUCGCGUGGUCACCGGUGUGGAAACGAAUGCACCGGUCUCGCUUCCUGUGAGGGAGCAGCGAGAAGUAGUGCUGGACGGUGAGAAUCUGGAGGAUCGCGAAGCUUUACAGCCACCGGCAGUGAACGAACUGCCUCCGACAUCGGUACAUCACACGAUUCUGCCCGACGAACCGGAGCAGCUGCAUCACAGCAAUCCGCCGCAGGCAGUGGCUCCCCUGAAUCCCCAGCAACCGCACCAGCAUCAGCAUCAGCAGCAACCACUGCUGCAGCAGCAACACCAGCAGCAUCCCGCGCAGCUGGAGAAGAAGCGGGCGGCGACGGGACGCCGGGCGAAUGCCUCGUUGGAUCUGGAGUCCGAGGACGAGUCGGACGAGUUCCUGCAGAGCGAACGGGAACGGGAUCGCGAGCGUGAGCGUCGGGACCUAAUGGAGGAUAGGCGGAGUGGUCGCGGCCGCAGCCAUGGUCACUACACGUACGACGGCGAGACGGAGGACUCGGUGCGCGGUGCUGGCCACCAUGAGACCAAAUCGUUGAGGGAAUCGCAUCACAGGCGCAACCACGAGUCCACGCGCUCCCGUCGCCACCAAGAGCCGGAGGCGGAGCGGGAAAGGGAGCGGGAUCGGGAGCGUGAGCGGGACCGGGAGCGCGAGCGCAACUGGCGGCGACGGUCCAACAAGUAUCACAGCGGCGGCGAGGACCAGGAUCGUUCCUACGACACCUCGCGUCGCUACGACGGCGAGUCGGAUAACCCGGAGAUGAAUCACCUGGGCGAGGGUGAACUGGACGGCGCCGGUGGAGCCGGCGGUAGCGGCGGCCGGAGCAGCAAGGCCAGUCGUCAGCGACGCAGUGCCGCCGAGGAGGAGUUCGAUGACUACGAACGGGAACGGGAUCGGGAUCGCCAGUAUUCCAGGCGUUCCACCAAGCAGCCGCCUUCGGCUGACAAAUCCCGCUCCUCCGGCGGUCGGCGGAGUUACGAGAACCAGGGACGCAGCGGUGGUGGUGGCGGUGGCCGUCAGGAAGAUGGCCGCCGGCGUCAUCCGGAUCUGCGCAAUUGGGAUGGCUACGAGGAGUACCGCCGCAAGAGCUCCCGCAACAGCGAUCUCGAGAAGGAACGGACCAACGGCGGCAGUGCAAGUGGUGGCGGCGGCACCGGUGGUUCCGGUUCAGGCAAGCGCCGCAAUUACGGCGAUCCAUUCGAUCCGUACGGAAUGUACGAGCAGCUGUCACGGAAUCCACAGGCCUAUGCCGAUAUGUACGCCAAGUUCUACGGUCAGAUGAUCAACUCCAUGACGGCCGCUGUUUCGGCGGCUGCCUCGAAGUCCGGGGUUCCUGGUGCCGCGGCCAUUCCGGGAUUGGUGCCCGGAGCGGCACAGGUGAGCCCUGCCCAGUAUCUGGCCGCCGCGAGCGGAGGAAGUGUCAGCGGGAGCAGUGAAGCCGCCCUGCUCAGGGAACGAGAAAGGUAUACACACGCAUACAUAACCCAAGCCAAUGAAUUCCAUCGCCACCAAUACAAAGAGCUGAUCUACCAGCAACAACAACAACAGCAUCAGAGGGAGGAUCACUUGAACUCCAGCUUUGCGGCUACGGAGGAUAAUGGCAGUUAUUACGGAUCGCGUGGAGGAUCCAUCUAUAAUCAGUUCCAUCCAUAUCCGAUCUCCAGUGCCCGUUCGCUGAGUAAUUUGACCGGCGAUGGACGCAAUUCCCGAUGCGGACCGUAUUACGCUGGUUCCGAGUGCGGUCUCGAUAUCAGAUCUGCCGCCGAAGCGGCUCCUCCGACCUAUGGAGGAGUGACCACCGCUGGAUCGGUGACCACCACAGCGGUAGCUCGUCCGCCACGCCGACGCACUCCCCUGCAGUUUAACCGACCGCAUUUGGUGGCCUCGUACGCGAUGAGUCUGCUGCUGAAGGUGAAGCCCAAGUACGCCGGACGCGGACGGCUGCGCAACGACGUGGAGGUGGCACCGCCUCGCAUUCGCGACGGAACGAGCAGCCUGCUCCGCAUGUAUCCGGGUCCAUUGCAGGGACGCAAGUUGCAUAAGGACAAGAUCAUCAGCUUCUGCAAGGAGCAGAUCCGACUGGGACCCACGCGCGGCUGCACCGUGCUGUAUGCCACGCAGAAGAAGCCGCAGGGCAACGUGGCCAAGUAUCGCGCCUCCCACGCCCUCAUGUGGCACCUGCUCAUCCUGCUGCUGCGUCAGAACGGAUACAUUGCUGACACGGAUGUGGGCGAUCUGCUGCUGGAGAACCAGCAGGAGUAUCCCUACGAUCCCAGCGAAUACGAAGCGGAGGCCGAGCCCGAUGCAGAUGCCGAGCAAGAUGCCGCAGUUCCGGCGGAGAAGCCGCAGGAAUCCGAUUUGGAUAGCGAUGCGGGAGCAGCUGUUGCCACUGAGGAAACACCUGCAACGGGUGAAGCGGGUGGCUCAUCGAAUGGAGCGGACGCAGGAGCCGCCGCGACAGGUGGACAGACUCCGCUUUCGGAACAGGCGGCCACGGACAAGUUCCGCAGCUAUGUGCUGCGCGGAAAUGUGGAGGAGGCACUCCAGUGGGCCACCGACAACGGCCUGUGGACGCACGCCUUUUUCCUGGCCCUCUACGAAGAUCGCUACGCUCUGACCGAUGUGGCGCAGAAGUUCCUGAACCGGGCGAUCAAGGCCAACGAUCCGCUGCAAACGCUCUACCAAAUGAAGAGCUGCCACACGCCGGCGUGCGUCAGCCAGCUGAGGGACGAGCAGUGGGGCGACUGGCGGUCGCAUCUCUCCAUCCUGGUGACGAACAAGAGUCGUCAGCCGGAGUACGAUCGCAGCUCGGUGGUGGCCCUCGGCGACACGCUCUUCCAGCGGGGCGAUAUCUAUGCCGCACACUUUUGCUACUUGGUCGCCCAGGAGGAGUUCGGUCGUUACGAUAGUUCUGCUACGGAGCUGACUGCUCUAACCGCAAAUGUGCCCAGACUCAUCCUGUUGGGCUCCUCGCACUACAAGUACUUCAAUGAGUUUGCCAGCAACGAGGCGAUUAUUAUGACGGAGAUCUAUGAAUAUGCCCGCUCGCUGUUCGAUCCCAAGUUCAGCAUCGCCCACUUCCAGCACUACAAGUUCCUGCUGGCCACGCGCAUCCUCGACUACGGUCAGCACUUCCGCUGCACCAACUAUCUGGAGCAAAUCGCCAGACACAUCGAACUCAAGCCAGAGAGCUACGAUAGUGAUUUUAUACAGCGGGUCUGCGGUUUGGCUGAACGUCUGCGUUAUCACGAUCCCAUUCUUAUUAACCGCGUCUCCUUUGCGAGUCCUCCGAAUGCCACUAGCAAGGACAGCGCCGCGCCCGAAGAAAAAGCCUGGCUGCGUCAGCUGCGAUCCCUGGCCGAUGUGCAUCCCCAGCAGGAGCAGCUGCCACAGCUGCAGCAGGAGAAGCAGGAGCAAAACGACAUCGAUCAGCAGUUUGCGGAGGUGAACAAGCAAUUCAGGGAGCUGAACAUGCAGUACGAUGGUGGCAAUCUGGAGAGCACGCUGCAAACGCAGUUGCCUCCAGUCGAACAACAACAGCCACCGCCGCCGCAGCAAGUUGUGCCGGAAUCGCAGCAACCGUUAGUGCAACAGUACUACGAGCCACCACCCCAAGUGCCGGCAGAGGCCGAUCCUUAUGGCCAGGGACAACAGCAGCCAUCCUACUACGAUCCAAAUGCGAUCCAGCAUCCAUACGAUCCGAAUGCGGCGCACCAUCAGUACGAUCAGCAGGCGCAGCCACCGAAUCCCACUUAUAGCCAAGUGGAGCCCGCCACUGAGGCUUAUCAACCGGGUCAAGCAGCAGAUCCGGCAGCUGCCCAGCCUGGCUACGGAUACGAUUACUGGUCGGGCACACAGCAGCCGCCUUAUGGCGAUGAGCCGAAUGAGAACCAGGCUGGGUUGCACGAUGAGGAGCGGGAUGAGCAGCAGAUAUUAGAGCAGGCACAGCAGCAACAGUUGCAGCAGCUAAAGCAGCAGCAACAGCAACAGGAGCAACAUACACGCAGCAAUGGAGCAGCCAGUGGCAACAAUCGCUUCAAAUCGAAUGCCUUGAAGCAGGAGAAGAGCAGCAGUGCAUUGCGGAAGCGACAGGAGGCAUCGCGAACAGCAACCAUUGCAGCGGCAGCAGCUGCCAUUGCCCAGUUGACACCAGCAACAGGUGCAGCAACAGCAGCAGCAGCAACAGCAACAACCACAGCGGCAACACCAACGAAGGCAUUCAAUUUGAAUGAUCUGCAGCAGCAGGUGCGCCCGGCGAUCUCCAUGCCCAAGUCGAAGAGCUACGGGGACGAGGACGACGCUGGCGCCGGUGGUGCGGCCCAUCCUGGCCAGAAACCCUCGCAGGGAGCCGCCUCCUCCGAGGCACCAGGCAAAAAGCAGGCGUCGGGCAAGCCAGCCAAUUCCGGCGGUGAUCUUGGUGCACCUGGCAAUCAGAACGCUGGCUGGUUUGGCGGACUCUGGAACAAGUUGUCGCUGAAGCCGAAGAACCAAAUGAUCCUGCCGGACGACAAGAAUCCGUCCAUCGUUUGGGACAAGGAGCGCAAGUGCUGGACGAACACCGAUGGCAGCGUGGACGAGACGGAGAGCUUUAAGCCGCCGCCCAAGAUGAGCGAUCUGGGCAUGGGCAUGCCGCCCGGGGCACCAGCGGGAAUUGGACUGGGAGCAGCGCAACCGCCGUUGGCCACCAAUCCGUUGGCCGGCCAUCAACCCGCUCCUCUCAUGGAUCCCACGCAGCCUCCGUCUCAGCCGCAAAUGUACGGCAGUCCCAUUGAUUACACGGCUGCUCCGGCGCCCGAGAUGAUUCCCACGGUUCCGUCGCCGGCGCCACUGCCCGUUCCCUCACCUGCUCCGGUGCCAGCGGCGGCGGCUCCCAAUCCCGCGGCCACUUCCGGCGGACCCCAGCCCAAGCUGCAGUCGAACAUGUUCAAGAUGCAACGCAACCGCACGCUGAAGAACUCCUACGUGGAUGUGUUCAACCCCUCGGGGGCGCCCAUGUCGGCGCCAACGGAGAAUGUGAUGGCCCCCAUAAUGGCGCCGGCAGCGGUGCCGCAGGGCGGCUACUUUGUCCCCGGACAGCAGUAGGGGAUCUGAGCUCUGGCAUCAGCAGCAGGAGCCUCGGGAUCUCGGCCAGCAGAGGAGGAGGGUGUUCAGGAUUUGAGGACGCGAGGACGAGAGGAGAGGGCUGCCACAAAUGCCAACUAGAUCAGCACUUCGAAACUACGUAAAACCUUUUCGAACCGGCGACAAACGCACACACACACACACACUCGCACACACGCACAGUCAUGCAUUAAAAAUAUACAAGCAAACACACAUCCCGACGAGAAAAACUGGCCAAUUUCCACCAAGGGGAAAGUUGGCACUGCGAUACUUUCAAGCUUCUACUAGACUCUGUCAAACCUUCUGUCUGUCUGUCCUAUCUCUGUGUGUCUACUAAAUUAACUCACCUAACUAAAUUAAACACCUGAUUUUACCAAUUUGUGCGCGUGGGUGUGUGUGUGCGAUCGAUGUCUUAACGUUUAGUGAAUGAUUAAAUGAGGAAACGAAGAAGAAAGCGAUUAAUGUACGACUAGCGAAAUAUAUAUGUAAAUUUCCUCUAUGUUAACUAUACGCCCCCUUGAUUCCCGAUUUGCCCGCCCUCUAUAUCCCCGAACGCCCCCUGCCUUUCUCUCCCGACUUCUGUUUAUAUAUAUAUAUACAUGUUUCUUUUGUAUGUUGCAUAGUUUUUAUGAUUAUUUUUUGUUUAGCUGUAUGAAUAUGUAUUCGAAGAAGGAGGUCAGACAUUAAUUCGGAAUUCACCCUAAUUAUGCAUUGCUGUACUUUCCGCAUCUAAAUACUACUAUCUAUUGUUUUCUAUAACUAUAUAGUUGAUAUUGGAUUGAUAAACGAUUAAGAAGCAAACGAAUUGUUCUCCCUGGUUUCUAUUUCACAAUGUAUUCUUCUCUGUGUCUCUUCUUACGAUUGGUGUGAAAUAUGCAAAUGAUUCCAAUUAUAUAUAUAUAAAUGUAUCUUUAGAACAAUUUAAA